UAUAAUCAUGCUGUCCGAUGACUUCGUGGAAAACCAACCUCAGCUUUUCUUAUAUAUACACUGUUUCAUUGUCAUUCAGGAUGUCAAUAAAUUGAGUAAACCCGAGCUUCGCUAGUUGCUAUGGAUAUAUCCAUGGAAGCUCCGCCGCGCUUGAAGGGGCAUGUGGUGGCCGUGCCUUUCCCGACCAGAGGCCACGUCAACCCCAUGAUGAACCUCUGCAAAUUUCUGGCUUCAAGAGCCGCCAAUGUCAUCAUCACCUUCGUCGUCACUGAAGAGUGGCAUGGCUACAUCGAAUCGUACACCAAGCCACAUAACAUUCGCUACGCCACCAUCCCCAACGUCAUCCCUUUGGAGAACCAGAUACUCGACGAUAUAUUUCGCUUCUCCAAAGCCAUCGUGACAAAGAUGAGAGAUGCGUUCGAGCAGCUACUCGAUCAGCUUGACCUGCCGGUUACUGCUAUCGUUGCUGAUGUUGAGUUGGUGUGGCCAACCGCCGUGGCAAAACGGAGGAACAUACCGGUGGCUCUGUUGUGGACGAUGUCAGCGUCAUUCUUCGGCACGUAUCUCCAGCUGGAUGUCUUGGCCCCUGGCCGGAGUUCGGCGGCUGAUCUUCUGGAUGAGGAAGCCGAGCACGUUCUGGGAAUCACUUCCUCACAACUCACUGAUAUUCGAAAGCUGCUUCGAGAACUGGAUCCCAAAGUUUUGAAUAUUGGCUUGGAUUGCAUCCCAGAAAUAGCCAAAACGGAUUAUCUCCUUCUCAACACGGUUCAAGAGCUAGAAGCUGAGCAUAUAAAUCAUCUAAAAGCUAAAUUCCGCUUUCAUGUCUAUCCUAUGGGCCCUGCCAUACCGUUUCUGGAACUUGAACCACCCAAAGAUUCAUCAACGACCAACUUUGACCACAUAACGAAGUGGUUAGAUUCACAGCCAAAUUUGUCAGUGAUUUACAUUUCUGUGGGCAGUUUCCUCUCGAUGUCUCGUCCCCAAAUGGAAGAACUUGCUUCUGCUUUGAAAACCAGUGGGAUUCGUUUCCUGUGGGCUUGUCGUUCAGAUUCAGAGUGGCUGAAAGAGAAAUGCGGGGACAGGGGUCUGGUGGUGGCAUGGUGUGACCAGUUAAAAGUUUUGUGCCAUGAUUCGAUUGCCGGAUUUUGGAGCCAUUGUGGAUGGAAUUCAAUUCUGGAAGCUUGCUUUGCUGGUGUCCCAAUACUGGGAUUUCCUAUAUUUCUGGAUCAAUUCUCGAACUGCAGGCUUAUUGCAGAAGAGUGGAAGAAUGGAUGGAUGGUGGGUGGUGAAAGAUCAGAGGACUUUGUGACGAAAGAAGAAAUAUUGAAUGUGGUUAAGAAGGUGAUGGACCAUGGGAACAAAGAAGGGAAGAAAAUAAGAGACAGGGCAAAACAACUGAAGGCGUUGUUCGAAAUUGGUUCCUCUUCCCUCCACUUGAACCUCCAUGCUUUUGUGCAAGACAUUCUGGGUGUUUAA